GCUGGACCUUACAAACGGAAGUGCUUCUUCACUUGGUCUUCAUCAUGGCACGUUUUAGCAUUCCAGUUCUUUUCGUGGCCCUACUCGCCUUUCUCUCUACCGUAUCUUACGUCUCUGCUACUAAGGGACCUCUUGUAACUAACAAGGUUUACUUUGAUAUCAAGCAAGGCGAUGAAGAUCUUGGUCGUAUUGUUAUUGGAUUGUACGGUGGAUCUGUCCCCAAGACUGUUGAAAACUUUAGAGCUCUGGCUACCGGUGAAAAGGGUUUCGGAUACAAGGGCUCUGCCUUCCAUCGUGUUAUCAAGAAUUUCAUGAUUCAGGGCGGUGAUUUCACCAGAGGAGAUGGUACUGGUGGAAAGUCUAUCUACGAUGGUGGAAAGUUUGAUGAUGAGAACUUCAAGUUGAGACACACUGGACCAGGUGUCCUUUCUAUGGCUAACUCUGGCAAGAACACCAACGGCUCCCAGUUCUUCAUCACUACUGUCAAGACCAGCUGGUUGGAUGGCAGACACGUUGUCUUUGGCAAGGUUAUCGAGGGCAUGGAUGUUGUUAACAAGAUUGAAAACUCUCCCACUGGUGCUAGAGACUCUCCCAAGAAGAAGAUUGUUAUUGCUGAAUCUGGCGAGCUUCCCGUCGAGGCUGCCGAGCACAUUGAACUUUAAACAACACUUUUAUAAAGUUGUUCGUUUAACGGCAGCAUUAUUUUUUGUUUUUGUUUAAUGAAAUGAAAUGAAAUCUCCUUUAUCUUUAUUCUCCAAAAAACACGUGCACACCUUUCAACUCACAAGCUUUAUUCUCGUUUGUUUUAAAAAAAAAGUUAAUAAAAGUCGAAGAAGCUUUGGGAAUAAAU